UAUAUAUAUAUAUAUUAUAACUGUUUCGUCUCUCCCACUAUACUCAUCCCUGGUUUCCUCCAUUGUUUGUUUCCAUCCAGAGGAAUGAACACCAUCACAACCUCCAACGGCGUUUCCCAUUAUCCAAGCACAUAAUAACAACAAAGAACAACGCCAACAACUACAAAUAUUUUUCCAUUUCAUUGCUCUUCUUCUUCUUGUUCCUUGGAUUAAAACCAAUAUAAUGAUGAGGUCUGAAUCUGACUCUCUCACUUUCACGCUUUCAAUUCGUACCACUCUUCGUUUUCCCACUAGAUUCAUUGAGAUCCGCUUUCCCUUUUGUUUCUACUUUCAAACCCUUGUUGUGUUCCUUCAGCGGAUUCAUCUGAGAUGGAAAAAGAAAAAAUAAGUUUAAGCUUUUUUUAUUUCUUUCACUUGUGCUUUUGGAAUUUGUUUAUGCAUUCAUCUCUUUCUCUUUGGUUUUUCUCUUCUGGGUUGUCUUGUUUUCCUGAUUUAUCUAUGAUUCGCCAUGGAAAAAAGUUCACUUUGCUUUUUUCUCAUCUGGGAUUCUUCAUUAUUUCAGAGAGUGAGUCCAGAUUAUCUUCCUUUCGGCAAUGAAAAAAAAUCGAACUUGAGACCAGCAACAACUUGUAAAGAAGAUCGUGAAAAUGGGAAAGCAAUCACAAUCACAAACACAACAACUGGUUUUGAUCAUACUAAUUCUGAAACAACAACAUCAACAACUACAAAGGCUUUUAGAUUCAAAUCCCCAUGUAAAUUUCAAGAUAACGUGAAUGCAAAUUCUCCUUCUCCACUCUCAGAAAACAACAAUCAAAGUCAAAGACUUGAUAUGAGUAGUCCUAGUUCCGGUGAUAUGCUGCUGCAAUGGGGUCAAAAAAAGAGGGCCAGACUCUCCAGAACUGAGAUCCGUUCACUUACUGAUGAUUCAUCUUCUUCCUCAUCAGCAGCUCGUGGCAGACACCCCAUUAACAAAGUUCAAAGAAGAGGAUCUGGGUUGAUGGAUAAACUCUCUAGUCUUCCCAUGCCGCCGCCUCCUCCUCCUCCAUCUUCAAUUCCUUCUAAUGGUUCUUCUACUUCUAAGAAGAAUUCUGGGUUCAUUCCCAGCAGGCUUGAAACCCUUAACAAAAGCAGCCCACGUUUACUUAAUCUUAACCACACCAAGCAUUAUCAACAUCAUCAUCACCGCUGUCUUCUUUUGUUGGCCAUGACCAGGAAUCUCGAAGAGCGAUCUAGUGUGGUAACUGGAUCACCUUCUAGAAACCGUACAAGUGGUAAUUCUACCAGGGCGGUUUCUAGAUCUACAGCAACAGCAGGGAAAAGGUCUCCCCCUUCUCCAGAUAAAAUUGAUAAGAAGAUCGCAUCUUCAGAGUCACAAAAAUAUGAGAAGCUGAAUGGAUCGUCCACACGACAUGGUCAUCACAAUCAUCUUGAUUCCCGGCCAGUUCAGUCGGACCAAGAGGUUGGUGGAGCAGUAGUAGAAAAGGUGAAUGUUGAAGUGAUUGAGUGGCCAAGGAUUUUUGUUGCCUUGUCUAGGAAGGAGAAAGAAGAUGAUUUUCUAGCAAUGAAAGGCACAAAGCUACCUCAUAGACCAAAGAAAAGGCCCAAGAAUAUCGAUAGGGCUCUUCAGUUUUGUUUUCCAGGGAUGUGGCUUGCGGAUUUGACUAAGAGUCGCUAUGAGGUUCGAGAAAAGAAAAGUGUUAAGAAGCAAAAGAGAAGAGGGUUGAAAGGAAUGGAGGGCUUGGAAAGUGAUUCGGAGUAGAAUAUACAGAAAAAGUAAAAAGAUUUUCUUCAUCUACAACUUUGAUGGCAUUUGCUGAAGGUUGAAAUUUAGCUGCAACAACAACCAAAAGUCAUGCCAUGCAUGCAUGUAUUCAUGAAUGAAUGAUUGAGUUAUGAUAUUGAUGAUGAUGAGUCAGGCCUCUGCCAUGCCAUGUCAACCAUGUUGUUUGUUUUGGUGAAAUUCUGCAGACGUGAAUUGCCUUGAACUGCCAUCACCACCAAAUCAUCAAACUCCUCCUCUUAUAUUAACAGGGAAACAACAAAGCAGCAGGGCUGGGUUUUUUUUUUUUUUUUUUGAGUUGAAUUCUUUGCUUCUUAAUCAAUCAUGCAGCUCUUCUUCUGUACAAAAGCUUCAGCUUCUGCAAAUUUUUUUUUUUAAUUUACUCAUCAAUGGCAAAAGCUGCUCUUUUCCCAA